AGAGAAGAUCAUUGCGACCACACUUCGUCUCAUCCAUUCAAACACUCCCACAUCCUCCCACAUAUACAUACAUUCAAUAUGUCGAAGCUCCCAUCGAUCUUGAACGCUACCCAGGAGGACAUUGAGCUCCUCCUCAGCGCCCAGACCCACAUCGGUUCCAAGAAUGUCAUGAAGUCCAUGGAGCCCUACGUCUACAAGAGGCGUGCUGACGGUAUCCACCUCAUCAACCUCGGAAAGACCUGGGAGAAGCUCGUCCUCGCUGCCCGAAUCAUCGCCGCUGUCGAGAACCCCGCCGACGUCGUCAUCGUUGGUGGCCGAGUCUUCUCUCACCGUGCCGUGCUCAAGUACGCCGCCAACACCGGUGCUACCCCCAUCGCCGGCCGAUUCACCCCCGGUUCCUUCACCAACUACAUCACCAAGUCCUUCAAGGAGCCCCGAGUCAUUGUCGUCACCGACCCCCGUGUGGACCACCAGGCCAUUCGUGAGGCCUCGUACGUCAACAUCCCCGUCAUUGCCCUCUGCGACACUGACGCUCCCCUGCGCCACGUUGACGUAGCCAUCCCCGGAAACAACAAGUCCGUCAAGUCUGUUGGUCUCCUCUGGUGGCUCCUCUGCCGACAGGUCCUCCGUCUGCGAGGCCAGGCCGGCUACGGACCCGACGGCUGGAACGUCAUGGUGGACAUGUUCUUCUACCGUGACCCCGAAGAGGUUGAGCGUGAGCAGCAGGAGGCCAUUGCCGCCAAGGCUGCCGCUGCCUCUGGCAUCGCUGGUCAGGAGGGUGGUGCCGAGGUCGGUGCUGCUGACAACCUCGACUACGACGCUUCCGCUGCUGGUACCCUGAACCCCACUCUGGCUGCCAACAUCCCCAACGUCAACGAGAACGUCGACUGGGCCGCCGAGGACAAUGUGCAGAACUGGGCUGCCGAUGCCGGACCUCAGAGCGAGGCCGGUGCCCCCGCCGAGGGUGUUGCUGGCAGCGCUCAGCAGCCCUCUUCUUCCUGGGACUAAGCUUCCGGUGUCCGUGGUAGUAGGAAGUUAGUGGUGGUGGUGCUACGUAGAGGCAAGGUCCGCAAUCUCUGCUCCUCCUCUUCCUCUUCGUGGCCCUCACAAAACGUCGUCUAGACAGCUCGCACGUUCGGCUCCAUUUCUGCUUGGUCGAAGAGUUGGUCUCUUUCAGGCGGUCUCUCGCACAGUCAAUGCUGGGAUUCCACCUAGGAAGUGUCAAAUGAAAUGGUUGAAUGGCUAUCCUCCCCCCUCGUACCCCGAUGGUCAUGCGCUGCGAGUUUCUCCAAUUUGUCUACAAUUCUUCACAACCCACACCGAAGUCUUUUCUCUCCCCCG